GGGGGAUUGCGUUCUGCUCCUCCGCAUUUCUACCCUCGUCGUCGUUCUCGUCGUCGACGCUCCCGCCCUCGCCACCGUAUCUGUCGUCGUCUGCCGACUAUGCCCUCCCUUUCGAGCUCGCCCAUCGAGUUGUCCUCUCCACAGCUCCCGGUGCUCAAAGGCCAACAGGGUCGCCUCAUCGUAGUCUCGAACCGUCUCCCCGUCACUAUCACCAAGGAUGCCUCGGGCGAGUACCACUUUAAGAUGUCAUCCGGUGGGCUCGUAUCCGCCCUUUCCGGAUGUAAAAAGACCAUGUCUUUCAUGUGGAUUGGCUGGCCGGGCUUCUUCAUCCCUCUCAAGGACCGCCCAAUAGUCGAUCGCCGCCUCAAGGAGGAGUAUUCAUGUCAAGCCGUGUACCUCGAUGAUGAUGUCGCCGAUAGACAUUACAACGGUUUCAGUAACUCCAUCCUCUGGCCGCUCUUCCAUUAUCAUCCCGGCGAGAUGAACUUUGAGGAAGAGAACUGGCUUGCGUACAGGCAAGCGAACAUGGCGUUCGCAGAAGCCAUCCUAAAGCAGCUCUCUCCCGGAUCGAUGGUCUGGGUACAAGACUACCAUCUUAUGCUACUGCCGAUGCUUCUCCGCACUCUGAUUGACGGACCGAAGAAUUGCAGCAAAACGACGCGUGCCGAGCUCGCGCGCAUUCUAGAGGGUAUGGAGGUAGACGAGAUCGAGCCACCCCGGCUGCCAGACAUCAGGAUCGGCUUCUUCUUGCACACACCAUUCCCGUCAAGUGAAAUCUACAGAAUUCUGCCUGUGCGGCGAGAGAUCUUGCUUGGAAUUCUCUACUCCGACCUGAUUGGUUUCCACACCUACGAUUACGCGCGGCACUUUCUAUCUUCAUGUACGCGAAUUUUGGGCCUUCCGACGAUGCCAAACGGAGUCGAGUUCGAAGGACGGCUCGCGCAUGUCGGAACGUUCCCAAUCGGGAUCGAUCCAACUUCGUUCACAGAUAACCUGAAGAGGGAGAGCGUACGAAAACGCAUUGCACAGCUGCAGCAGCGGUUCAAGGAUGUGAAGGUCAUCGUUGGCGUUGACCGACUGGACUACAUCAAGGGCGUGCCGCAGAAGCUGCACGCGCUGGAGUUGUUCUUGAGCCAGCAUCCGGAGUGGAUAGGCAAGGUGGUACUCGCCCAGCUGGCUGUGCCGUCGAGGCAGGAUGUGGAGGAAUACCAGAAUCUGCGAGCAACGGUGAAUGAGCUCGUCGGGCGGAUAAACGGUCGAUUCGGGACCGUUGACUUUGUGCCAAUCCAUUUCAUGCACAAGAGUCUUCCAUUCGAUGAGCUGUGUGCUCUCUAUGCUGUCAGCGACGUGUGCCUGGUUAGUUCCACGAGGGAUGGUAUGAACUUGGUGUCAUACGAAUACAUCGCGUGUCAGCAGGAGCGGCAAGGUGUCCUAAUACUGUCUGAGUUUGCGGGGGCAGCCCAGAGCUUGAACGGUAGCAUUGUCGUGAACCCCUGGGACUCGCAAGAAGUCGCGGAUGCGAUCUUCCAGGCAGUCACGAUGGAUGCGGAGACGAGGGCUGAGAACGAGAAGAAGCUGUUCAAGUACGUCACCAAAUAUUCCGCGGCAUACUGGGGAACGUCGUUUGUUGGCGAGAUGACAAAGCUGCGUACGCCGGAGUCGGACCUGGCAGAUAUAGAUGGGGGCGGCCAAGCGGAACUUAAGCCCCAGCGGGAGGACGCCACGGGCAGCGUUCUCGUCAACGGGAGUGUUCCUUCGACGCCACCCGUGAAUGCGCCUGCAAAGGCCGCAUAGCGUGUUGCGCAGUCAUGAGGAGACAGGAGUAUUUUUAUUCGAUUCCGUCAACUGGAAAAGCGGUGUUGCAAUGUUGUGGAUGUUGAUGCUGUACAAUUUCUCUAGCCCAGAUGUACGUGAAAGGAACAGUGUGAGAGAUACAGCGCAAGGCGUCGCCGCUCCGUGAUCUGAUCCCUCCCGUGCCCAUGUAUUUGUCCCAUCUUAUCCGCACAUCACAAUUGGCGUUAACGACCAUAUAUGUUUCGACGACCACAAUUCACGAGCCAUUAUUCGUUCAUCCAUCGCACACUGAUUCAUAUUGUUUUUCCUAUACUGUUUCCCUUUAUGUCGCGUUCGACUGGUAUUACACGAAAUUAGUAUCUCGAGUACUUAG